GAUUUGGUAUUUUCUUUACUGGUUGGGAUGUAUACUUGAAGCUGCUCGCUGGUACCCGUACAAGAGACUUCUCUGGUAUUUUUAAAGAAGUAAGACUCUUGGUUUACCGGCUAUUUUAAAAUUUAGCUGCAGUUUUCAGUUUACUACUUAGUUAUAUUACGGCUGUAUUUUAUUGUUAAUAUUUCAACUAGUAGACAUUUUAAUUUUAAAUCGGAGUAUCUCCAAAGACCACUGUACGCGCGUAUCGUUGCUGUGCAUCCGUAGGGAAUUUAGAGAUAUAUUUGUAUCGAUUGUGGCCUUCCUUGACCCAGAACGCCUCUGCAUACGCAAAUAUCAAAGGAAUACGCAAUACAGAUAGUAGAUGGAUAUUUUGGUACGGAACUCGUGGGUAAGUGGGACGCUUGUACGGCGUAGUUUUGCUGCUAUUUGAUUUGUGUGGCCCAAAGGGUAGGCAUCUGAGUUUGUGCUAUGAAUUCUGGGUUCGGUUGUAAAAUACGGUUGGUCCGCUGAUUCGUAACUCUCGCUUCCAUGGACAUUUCGGUACCCGAAUUGUGAUGGGAUUCCGGAUGUGCUUAGUCAUUGUUUAGUGAGUUUGACUAUUUGAAGUUUUUGCCCAAGGGAGGGGCUGCAUUGAGUUGAUGCAAGAGGGGAAAUUUGAUUGAUGCGGAAGUAUGAGGUGGAAUUUAUCUAAUGGUCCUGAAACUGUAGGUGCACGUGGAAACAUGGAUGAAUGUAUUGCUAGCGCUGCAGGUGAGGGUUUUAUUAAAACCCUAGGUGCUUAUUUGACAAAAAUUGUGGAGGAAUCAGCUCCAACAAUAAAGUGUAUCAUUUCUACUUUUAAUUCUGUUAAUGCACCCCCGGUAUCAGACUAUUUGGCUAGAAUUGCUCGCUACGUUCACUGCAGUAACGAAUGUUUUGUUCUUGCGCUUGUUUACAUUGAUCGUAUCGUUAAAUACCAUAAGGAUUUUACGGUGUCUGUUGUUAACAUUCACAGGCUUUUGAUAACAGCCAUUAUGCUCGCUGCGAAGUUCAGCGAUGAUGUAUACUAUUCAAACAGUUUUUAUGCCCAAGUUGGUGGUAUAAAGGUGUCAGAAAUUAAUGUGCUAGAGGCUCAGUUCUUGAUGCUUAUUAAUUACCAGCUGUAUGUAAAUGCUACGGACUAUGAGAAUUGCAGGAGGGGUGUGGAGAUCUCCUCUGCUAGGCCCUAUUUAUCUAUUGCUCAUCCAUUUUCUCCUAUUCCUACAGGCCCCUUUCAGUCGCAAGCUCACGCCUCAGUGUACUCGCAGGACUCCUUAAGGUCUUGUUCCAUUAGGCCUGGGAAUACAGGUGCUAGGGUGGUUUCUCAUGCGAGACCUCCUGUGCACAAGGAUAGGGUUGUGCGCAAAGGUGUGGCUUUUGGAGCAUCGUCUGUACGGAAUGGUGAUUAUGCUGGCAGCAUGAGAAAUGUGGAACCUAUGCGCUAUAAUGGGUAUCUGCACAAUGGGACAGAUUAUAACAAUUAUUUUCCCUAUCCUCAUGCCGUAAAUGGCUAUGAUUCUCUGAAUACCUUUUACUAUAGAAGUGACUCUAGCAUGACUAGCAGCACAGUUGCAUCGUCUGGUGAUUAUUUUGAUUACUCGUUUGGAUACGACUGUCAUUCUAAUCUUUGCCGAUCAAUAAGAAGCAAGUUUGAUGAGUGCGAAGCAUUUGUAAAUGCUUUAGAAUCGAGAUAUCGCGAUAAUUUAAAGAGGAAGUGCUCACCUAGUGUGGGUAAUUGGAAUCUUCAACAACAGCAUUUGAACCUUGUUCAGUGCAGCAAAGUUAAACGUAACACUUGGUGA